UGACGGUGAUGAAAUCCUGAAUUGUGCCUUUCAAAAAAAAAAUGUUCCUUGGUCAUUCGGGUUUGACUCUAGAGAGGGCAGAUGGACUGUGAUCAGUGGCUUCUUAAAUCACAACAUAACACAUUAACACCAAAGAGGAAACCGAAGUAUCAGUAUUUUAAAAAGAGGCAGUAUAUUCAGCUUGGAUUGCCCAAGUUCAAAGGUACUUCACCUUAGACAGGAUAAGUUAAUACAAAUUAAAGCUGCCAUUUCCCCCUGCAGACGCCGCUGUUACAUCAGCGUGGACUUGUGGUCUGCCGUGUGCGAAUUUCGCCGUGACUCCGCGGAGCAGAAGCAGAGUCGCGUGGAAUCGCGGAGUUCAAACAUUGUUACAAAUGUAGCCUUUAUGUGAGUGCGAGGCCAGUGAGUCUUCGACGUUUAGAAAGACUUUAUGAUUGAACAAAAGGACUGUAGGCGGUUGAGAAAUUGCUUCAAGGCGGGUCUCCGACUGAAAAGCUGUUUGCCCAUGCAGUCUUAUUAUUAUGAGUAGGCGGUACGAGAGAGACUGGCGUAGUCUGUGCUGGGAGAUUCGAGGAAAGUCCAGCUCGGUCCAAGCGGCGUACAGAACCUGAUCUAUGAAGAUCGCGCUUGGGCUGAUCGCGGAAGCGCUGCAGAUUUGCAGUUCAUGCAGUCAGAAGCUGGGCUGCCUGCGCAGACCGUCGGGUCGCCUCCGGAGGCUCCCGGAGCUGAGCAGGUGAGAGGUAAACGGCCGGCAACGGCAACGGCCGGGCGUCGAUGCGAAAGAGAUCUCCACGGCCAGGGAAUGAGAGAGGCUCCAGCCGCAGAAGAGGACGCCGUGACGAGGUCCGCAGAGUAUGUGGGCUCCUUCCAUGUGGAUGACCGUUGCCUAGACGACCAGAUCCAGCAGUUGGACAGGCAGAUGGAGUCUCUGAAGACUUCCCAAAGGCGAAAGCUCGUCUCACUGAAAUUCUCCAUCAAAGGAGUCAAGAUGUAUGACGAGGAUGAAGCGACACUGUUAAUGGCUCACGCACUGCGCAGGGUGUCCCUGUCGAUGGCGCGGCCCUCCGAUGAGCAGUUCGCCUUCGUCUCGCACAACCCGGGCAGCCUAGAUGCACAGCUCUACUGUCACCUGUUCAGGGCCAGGCAUGCCAGAGCAGCCCAGUUUCUGAAUCUGCUGAUGUGCCGCUGCUUCCAGUUAUCCUACAUCCAGCGUCACCCAGAGGAGGUUGAGGAGGAUGCGGUCAGCCCCCUGCCCACUUGCGCCCCUUCCCUCCUCAACCAGGGCUUCCCCCUCAGUGUUAACGCCCUGGUGUCCUUCCGUCGGGCACCCAUGCUCGGUCUACUCUCUGGGGAAAAGUCCUCCUCCUUGACCAGUGAAGAGCAGCCAAGCAGCUCUGAGGAGGGCCAGAUCUCCUCCCCCACCCUGGUACGCAAGAAGGCCAUCCGCAACAAAGUGCUGCGCUCUGGAGCGUACCGUUCCUUUACCUGCACGACCCACAGACAGCGCCACCUGCAGGACCAGCUGACCUCAUCGCAAGGAAAGACACAGAACGGUUUGGGAACCUCGAGAGGCCGGUCGCCCAGCCUGGCAGAGACUGAGGAAGCUCUAGCAGAAGCUGUGUGGAGCUGGGCGGGCAUAUCAAGAUCCAGCAGCUCCUCUCUGCUGGAGGAGGACGUCCUGGGUGCCUUCCUCUUAUCUCCCUCAGCCGGGGAUUCUGACUCGGGGUCCAUCACCAUCCGUGGUCCCUCUGGUCUGGCCACCUACUCCAUCAGGAAGAGCCCUGAGAAUAAAUACACGCUGGAGAACUGCAUGACGGAUUUCGACAGUAUUGCUGCCUUAAUACAGCACUACCACGAAGACGCAGGCGAGCUGGAGUACGCUCUGAGCUGUGCCCGCGUCAACCAUUGCUAUGAGUGGGACGAGAAACCAGGAGGGGCCCCGGCUUUCACCAUCCGCAAGGCCUCAGUGAACAUAUGAGGGCACGGUGUAAGGGACGCCCAGCUGCCAGCGCUAACAUGCUUCACCAAACUGGGGAGUGGCCGUCCCCCACCUAAGCCUGGGCUUGUGCCAAAGAGAGAAGACGGGAGUGAGGCCAAUGUUCGGAAGCUCAUAUGGAAAUAGUUGAAUUCACUGUACAUCCCUUUCCUUUUCACCCUGCAUCUCGCUUGUCUGCCUGACUGGUGGCCUAGCACCCGAGGAACACUCUGGACUAGCAUGCAAGGCACAUGUACUUCAGAUGAACAAAUUAUCAACCUGCCCUUUCAUGUAUGCUUGCUCUUCUGGGGAAAAGAUUAUUGGUUCCCUUUGUCAUGCUUGCUCAUGUGUUUGCAUCUGAGCAGGUGACUCUCCUGAGUUUAUGCUGGUGAAUAUCUUCCCUGGGGGGCUGGAAUGUUGGGGAGGUUAAUUUACAUGCUGACCAUGGCCGGGUGGAUGUCAGUAGCAUGUAUGGAAACACAACAUUAGUAUCAUACACGUUCAUGACCCCUACAUGCUUCUUAUACCAUAGUUAACACUUUGGAAACAUAAGACUGAGAACUUUUGUCGGCCGUCAUGUGAAUUUUUGUGAUAUUGAGCGAGGUAGUGUACACCAACUCAUAAAUUACAUUUAAAAUA